AUGGGAACCACCACCCCAGUUGCCCAGUCUAGAGACUUAAUUGAAGAGUAUGAGGAGAUUAAAGAGGAGGAACAUCAUGUCAAAAUUGAGGACAAAACUCAUUUACAGACUGAUGGUAUUUUGAAAAGGAGAAACCGGAAUCGUGUAAUGUGCACUCAGUGUGGAAAGAGUUUGGGAAGAAAAAGCAAACUUAAGAUUCACAUGAGGAUCCACACUGGAGAGAAACCAUUCACAUGCACUCAGUGUGGGAGGACUUUCAGCCAAUCAUCACACCUUAAUCUACACAUGAGGGGCCACACUGGAGAGAAACCAUUCAAGUGCACCCAGUGUGGGAAGAGUUUCAGCCAAUCACCACACCUUAAUCAACACAUGAUGAUCCACACUGGAGAGAAACCAUACGCAUGCACUCAUUGUGAGAAGAGAUUCAGUCUAUCAUCAAACCUUAAUCAACACUUGAGGAUCCACACUGGAGAGAGACCAUUCAUAUGCACUCAAUGUGGGAAGAGUUUUACUCAUUCAUCAUCCCUUAAUAAACACAUGAUGAUCCACACCGGAGAGAAACCAUUCACAUGCACUCAAUGUGGGAAGAGUUUCUCUCAUUUAUCAUCCCUUAAUGAUCACCUGAGGAGCCACACCGGAGAGAGACCAUUCACAUGUACUCAGUGUGGGAAGAGUUUCUCUCAUUUAUCAUCCCUUAAUAAACACCUGAGGAUCCACACUGGAGAAAACCAUUCACAUGCACUCAGUGUGGCAAGAGUUUCUCUAAUUUAUCACCACUUAAUGAACACAUGAGAAUACACACUGGAGAGAAACCAUUCAUAUGCACUCAGUGUGGGAAGAGUUACUCUCAUUCAUCAACCCUUAAAAAACACCUGAGGAACCACACUGGUGAGACUGUGCGUCUGCAGUAUACCUGGGCAUGAAGUUGGGAAAGCCUAUACAUUUACUUUUUUGAGUGGAAUGUGGCCUGCAGCUGUGCAGACUGAUCAGCUCUUAUGUUGCUGCAUAUAGUGAAGCACAAGGGCUGUAACUGACUGUGACCAUCGUACCAUGACGAAUUCAUGUACAGUUCACGUGCUCUUGUGGCAAAUACAGAAUACAUUCACACCAGUUGAUCCACUAUUUUCCCAGUGAAACUAAUAGUAUGUGUGACAAAGGAGUGCUGC